GUUUUAAGGCAAUCGGUUUCCUCAAACUUUUGAGUUACCCUAACUUGUUGGGAUUUACAGUGUUGCAUUCAAGCUUUUUAACGCGAAUAUAAACAAUUUAUAAAUCUAUCUUGCAUGUGUGGGUCUGUAUACACAUGUUUUGGAAGUCAUCUUCUCCUAAAAUGGAAAUUGUGGUGUUGAGGAGUGGCUUGAUGAGUUUCAAUGAAGAGUUUCUGAUUUUUAGUUUCUCAUUCAGAGUCUUCGGGUUAGACUCGUCUCAUCCAUGCCUGGGCUCUGCGGAACAAGGAACUCAAGCAUGGAAAAAGAUUGGGGAUUACUUGGCUUCCUUGUUCUGUCAUUGUGUUUUCUUGUCAGCAGUGGCCAAAACAUUGAGUGUACACAUGAGACUGUGGCUGACAUUGUAUUCCUGGUGGAUGGCUCUGGCAGUAUCGGGCAAAAAAACUUCCAAGAAGUCCGUGAAUUCCUCUCCUCACUCGUAGAGAACUUUGAUGUUGCUCCUGACAAGAUUAGGAUCGGUCUGGUCCAGUACAGUGACACACCGCGUACUGAGUUUUCCCUCAACACUUACCAGAACAAAGAGGAAAUUCUCAGUUAUAUCCAAAAUCUGCGUUAUAAAACUGGCGGGACGUUUACCGGCCAGGGUUUGGAGUUCAUGCUGAAACAACACUUUGUUGAAAAAGCCGGAAGUCGAGCACAGCAGAAUGUUCCUCAGAUUGCCAUUGUUAUCACAGAUGGUGAUUCGCAAGAUGAGGUUGAGUCACAGGCUCAGGAGCUGAGGCAAAGGGGAAUCAAAAUAUUCGCCAUAGGAAUCAAAGAUGCGAAUGAGACUUUACUGAGACAGAUCGCGAGCGAGCCGUACGAUCAGCACGUCUACAGUGUAUCAGACUUUGCAGCUCUGCAGGGAAUCUCUCAGAGUGUAAUCCAGGAGGUGUGUACCACUGUAGAAGAAACGCGCAAAGAGGUCAUCCAGAUGUCACGAGGCUGCAACGAAACUGCUCAGGCAGACAUUGUGCUCCUUGUGGACUCCUCUGGUAGCAUUGGAGACAGUGAUUUUGAAGAAGUGAGGAAGUUCCUCCAUGCUUUUGUGGAUAGUUUUAAUCUUAGACCCGAUAAGGUGAGAGUGGGACUUGCCCAGUUCAGUGAUAGACCGUACCAAGAGUUCCUGCUUGGUGCCUAUUCAGAUAAGAAAGACCUUCACCAAAAGUUGAAUCGUCUCAUCUACCGUAGAGGAGGCACCAACACUGGUCAGGCCCUGACUUUUAUCCGUGAGAAUUACUUUAGUCUGCCCAGAAAGAAUGUUCCUGGCAUUGCGAUAGUCAUCACAGAUGGAGAAUCAAAUGAUGAUGUGGAGGAACCUUCCCAGAGACUACGAAACUUGGGAGUUUUCAUCUUUGUCAUCCGGGUGGGAACGGGCAAUAUGGAAAAACUGCGUGCCAUUGCUAAUAUCCCACAUGAAGAGUUCUUAUUCAGUAUCGACAGUUAUCAAGAACUGCAAGGUCUAAAAGAGAGUCUACGCAACAAAGUGUGUUUUACGCUCCAGUCAGAAGCUUUUGUGCCAAAAUUUGCUGAUCUCUUCAUAUUGGUUGAUAGUUCAGCAUCUAGACAAGAGCAGCAAACAAAGAAUUUUCUAUCAAGACUGGUCACACAGCUCAAUGUGAGAAAGGAUUUUAAUCGUGUCGGCUUGGCUCAGUUCAGUGAAAAUGUCAAAGAGGAGUUUCUGCUAAAUACUGAUAAGACCAAGAAUGAGAUAGUGUCAUCUAUUCGCAACCUGACACUGAGGCCUACAGGGGAUCGUAGAGUUGGCAAUGCAAUUGAAUAUGCUCAUAAACAUUUCUUUACUAGUGUCAACGGAAGCCGUGUUUCUGAAGGAUUUAAGCAGUUUCUUUUAGUCAUUUCAGCAGGAGAAUCUGCCGAUGGUGUCGUCCAAGCAUCCCGCACAAUCAAAAAUGAUGCAGUGACAGUUUUUGCUGUUGGCUUGAACAAAGCUGAUGCAGAUGAGAUGAAGUACAUCUCUAGUCAACCACACAGCUACAAGUUAGUAGGUAACAUGCCACAAGUGCAACUGAAAAUUAAGUCUGCUAUUGACGCAUGGGAAGAUGCUGCAGUUGCAAGGGAGUGCAUGUUUGACGUGAUGGCAGAUAUCGCUUUUAUUGUUGAUCAGUCCAGCAGUAUCAGAUCCAAAAACUUCCAACUUGUGCGCGACUUUCUCGAGAACACCAUCGGAGGUCUCGAUGUGGGUGAGGGAAAAAUUAAAAUAGCUGUGGUCCUCUAUAGUGACUUCCCUCGAGCCGAUGUGUACUUCAACACCUUCAAGGAUAAGUCUGACAUCCUGCGCUACAUCAGCAGCAUGCCAUAUGGACGUGGUAAAACAUACACCGGAGCUGCUCUCAAGUUUGCCAAAGAGCAUGUGUUCACCAAAGCAAGAGGCAGCAGAAGAGAUCAGCAUGUUCAGCAGGUUGCUGUUGUUAUCACUGAUGGAAAGUCAACAGAUAAUGUGGCCAAUGCUGCAGCAGCAUUGCGGAGAUCUGGCGUUACUGUAUUUGCGCUUGGUAUCAAAGACACCGAGGAGGAUGACUUGAGAGAGAUUGCAUCCUACCCACAUAAGAAGUUUGUAUUCAACGUGGAAGGCUUUGAUAAACUAAAUUCACUUUCAAAUAUUUUAACCAAAACACUUUGCAAUGAAAUCACAGCUUCCAUCAUACCUAGAGCCUCACAGAGCUUUGUGUUACAAGAUUGCAAGAAAACAAUGAAAGCCGACAUAUACUUUCUUCUGGAUGAAUCAGGAAGUAUAUCCUAUGAAGAAUUUGAUGAUAUGAAGAACUUUACUAAGAAAUGGCUUGAAGCAUUCGAGGUUGGAAAUAACCACGUACGCUUUGGGUUGGUGAAGUUUGCAAGCCGUGCAACCACAGUUUUCCGAUUACAUGACUAUAACACAAAAGCUGAUAUUGAAAAGGCAGUGAAUGCCCUCAGAAUGGAGGGAGGGGGCACCAGGACUGAUCUGGGGUUGAGAGAAAUGAUCCCGCUCUUCGAAGAAGCAGUACGAACACGUGGGGAAAAGGUUCAUAAGAUCUUGAUUGUCAUCACUGAUGGCGAGUCAAGAGGGACAGAAGAGUCGGUAGAAGUCCCUGCUAAACUUCUGAGAACAGAACAGAAUGUCAAUAUUUAUGCUAUUGGUGUGAAAGAUGCAUCUGUGCCAGAGCUGGAAUUAAUAUCUGGCAGCCCACAAAAAACAUUUUAUGUGAAAAACUAUGAUUUCCUUGAUGAAAUCAAGAAAGACAUCAUCACAGAAAUAUGCUCCUUUGAAGGUUGUGAAGGUCUUUUUGCAGACAUCGUCUUCCUGCUUGAUGGAUCAGAAAGUGUUAGUGCUAAGGACUUUGAAAAUAUGAAGGACAUAAUGGAGCUUGUGAUAGAAAAGUUUGCAAUUAGGUCGGACAAGGAGCGUGUUGCGGUUGUUCAGUACGGCACAGACCCAAAUGAGGAGUUUUCCUUAAAUACAUUUGAUGAUAAAGCUGUUUUAUUACAGGAAAUUAAAAAUAUCAAACAGAUGAAUGGAAAAACUAAUACUGGAAAAGCACUUAAAGAAGUAUUACAGUCGUUUGAAAUUUCUAAAGGAGGACGAUCCGAUGCUCUAAAGUUCUUGAUAGUUCUUACGGAUGGAGAGAGUAGGGAUGAUGUAGCCGAGCCUGCUAAAAACUUGAGAGACAGUUCCAUCAACAUUAAUGCCAUUGGUAUGAGACAUGCAAACAGAUCUCAGAUGCUUGCCAUUGCUGGAUCCCAUGAUGGAGUGUUCUUCGAAGACGCAGUUGCAUCCCUAAAAGAAUUAAGCAAUGAUGUCCUUCUCAAGAUCUGCAACACAGAAUGCAAGACAUCGGAACUGAUUGACAUAAUCUUCCUUGUUGACGCCUCUGGAAGUGCCAAUAAAGAUGGUUUUCAGGAAAUGGUAAACUUAAUGAAAUAUACAGUGAGCAAAUCUUUGGUUGGAGAAAAACGGGUACGAUUUGGCACCGUCACCUACUCUAAUAACCCUCGUUUGGAGUUCACACUAAAUCAGUACUACAGUCAAACUGAUAUUCUCUGGGCUAUCUCAAACCUCAAAGCUUCAGGAGGAAGCAGAAACACAGCCCGAGCCCUGAACUAUGCUCUCUCAUUCUUUGGUGAAACAUAUGGUGGGCGACGAGCAAAGAAUGUUCCCCAAGUGCUAUUCCUGAUAACAGACGGCAAGGUUAAUGACUUAAGUGGUCUGUCAACAUGGCCUGAAUCACUGGCAAAUUCAGAGGUCAACUUUUUUGCUAUUGGUACCCAAGAUGCCGAUAAACAACAGCUAAAGGAGAUGGUGGGAAUGAAAGGAAGAGUGCACUAUGCAGACACCUACCAAGAUCUGCCUGAACUACAAAAACGGAUCACCCAAGAGCUCUGCAACCUUAAUAAACCAAUUUGUGAGAUGGAGGUAUCAGACCUUGUUUUUUUAAUUGAUGGAUCAGACUCUAUUAUGGAUCCAAGUUGGAAUACUCUCAAACAAACCAUGAUUGACAUUGUGAAAGAGCUGGAUAUUGCUCAAGACAAAUGGCGAGUGGGUGUUGCCCAGUUCAGCAGUAAAUUCCAGAAGGAAUUUUACCUGAAUGACUACACUAGUUUUGCAGAAGUGGAGAAAGCUAUAAACAAAACUGUACAACUAAAGGAGGGCACACGUACUUGGGACGCCCUGAGAAAUAUUAGAUACUAUUUCACAAAAGAGAAUGGAUCCAGAAUAGACGAAGGAGUCGCUCAGAAUCUUCUGCUGAUCACAGAUGGAUAUGCUAAUGAUCUGAAAGACUUGAAUGCAUUAACUUAUCUCAGAAACAAGAACAUUGCAAUAACUGUUAUUGGGGUUGGCAAUGAAAUAAAGAAAUCUGAGCUGCUUGAAAUAGCCGGAUCAGCUGAUCGUGUCCUUAUUGAGACUUUCGAAGGCCUUGAACUGAAGACAACCGUAAAGAAAGUGUUACAUUUUCUUUGUAAAGAGAAGCAACAAGAUGCCCCAUGUGACUGCGAAAUCGACAUUGCCUUUGGUUUUGACGUGUCCAGACGAACAAUCACGCAAACUCUGUUGAGGCCUCAAGUGGAACCGUUGGUUACUGCAGCCAUCGAACUUAUCUCCAAGAUGGAUCAUGUAUACUGCAUUGAAAAGAAAAAUAUUUCAACUAAAUUUGGCUAUAGGCUUGUGUCUGGACAAGAUGGGAGUGUUCUGGAGCAUUUUGGCUUUGAGAAGUACAAUAAGGACAUGGUCAAGAAAGUGAUGUUAUUGCGACCUACGGCACCCCUGGCUUUCAACAAGUUUCUGUUAGAUCCCUUCAGCGAAAUGUUUGUCUCCUCAAAAGCCAAGGCAAAGGUUUUGAUCAUCUUCACAGACGGAUUGGAUGACAGCAUUCAGCAUUUGAUGGCAAGUUCAGAGAGACUUAAGAAAAAUGGAGUCAGUGCAUUUCUGAUUGUGUCUUUGGAGGGAAUAAUGGACGUUCACCAGCUGGAAUUUGGCAGAGGUUUCGGCUACAUGCAGCCACUGACCAUCAACAUGAUAAAUUUAGGCAACGCUCUCACGAAACAGAUUGAAACAGUGGCACUGAGGAUAUGCUGUGAUGUACCUUGUUCAUGCGCCGGUAUACCUGGACCACGAGGACUCCCUGGAAACCCGAAUCAGAAGGGCUUCACUGGUCGGAAGGGUCAUCCUGGAUUUCCGGGAGAUGAAGGCAGUAUGGGAGAGCGAGGACCACCAGGGCUGGAUGGACCUCAGGGACUUAACGGUUGCCCUGGAAACAGAGGAAUGAAGGGCCAGAAAGGCUACACUGGAAAUAAAGGAGAACAUGGGGAGGAGGGGCUGGAUGCAGUGGAUGGAGAACAGGGUGAUGAUGGCCUAAAUGGGCUUCCAGGACUUAAAGGAGACCCGGGCAGUGCUGGUGUGAAGGGUUUCAAAGGCAGACCUGGACCUAAGGGACACAGUGGAGUGAGAGGAGAUCCUGGUUCACCAGGAAUAGACAACACUGUUCCAGGUCCAAAAGGAGAGGGGGGAGAUACUGGGCUCCCGGGUGACCAGGGGCCUAUUGGACCCCCAGGCAGACAUGGAGAUAAUGGUGAUCCUGGUGCUCCAGGAAGUAAAGGCCGACCAGGAUUGCCGGGUGCAUCUUCAAAUUUAAAAGGAGAAGCUGGACAGCCAGGACCUCCUGGUUACCCUGGACAAGUGGGACCACCAGGCCCAAAAGGGUCUCAAGGAGACAAUGGUCCUCCAGGUGUACCUGGAAUUCAGGGUCCCUUUGGCUCACCUGGAACUGAAGGUUUAAAGGGAGGUCGAGGACCCAGAGGGCCAAGGGGUCCUCCGGGUGACCCAGGAUCGAAGGGAUCGCUGGGACGAGAGGGAUUCACAGGGCCUCCGGGCCAAGAUGGAAGAGAUGAGUAUGGACCUUCUGGGCCCAAAGGACACAAGGGAAACAUUGGAUACUUUGGCCUCCAUGGUUUGCAGGGUGAGGAUGGUACCAAAGGAUCCAGUGGAAGUAAAGGACAUAAAGGUUAUCAAGGAAAACCGGGAAACACUGGUCACCAAGGUCCUCCAGGUGCUCCAGGAGAGGAUGGGAUGGACGGACACAGGGGUGAAAAAGGACCUCCUGGAAUCAGUCUGAUGCCUGAAUGUGACCUGGUCGAAUACAUUCGCAAAAACUGUCGUAAGUUCAGAGCGCCUAAUAUCCAAAGAAUGGAAGGCAGAAUGACUGCUACUUGCUGCUCUGAUAAUGGUAGCCGGUGUCCAGUUUACCCCACAGACCUGGUGAUAGCAUUGGACAUGUCUGCGGGUGUGAUUUCUCAAGCGUUCAAGCGAAUGCGUUCUGCUGCUCUGUCCUUAUUGGAAGACAUUUUCAUUGCUGAGACUAAUUGUCCAUGGGGAGCGCGAGUGUCUGUGAUCUCCUACAGCAACGAGACCCGGAAUCUGAUCCGUUUCACAGACCACCUUAAGAAGAAUACCCUUAAGGAAGCGAUAGAAUCAGUCGCUCUAAAAGAAACCACAAAACCCAGAGACAUCGGACAAGUCAUGAGCUUCGUGGCCCGGAACGUCUUCAAACGAGUCCGAAAGAGCAGGCUUAUGAGGAAAGUGGCCGUGUUCUUCACAAACGGGCCAUCGACGAAUGAAUCGAGCCUAGCAACAGCCAUGCUGGAGUUCAAGGCUGCAGACAUUGGCCUCGGAGUGAUCGCCUUAAAUCCUGCUGAUGAUGUGAGCCGAGCAAUGCAGGUUGAUGACACAGGAAGCUACAUUGUUGUUGAUGGCAGAGGAGUAAAUCGCAUUAAACGGUGCAUCAUUUGUUUUGAUCGUUGCAACCCAGACCCAGUGUGUGGUGUAAUUCUGCGGCCUCCGCCCCUGCAGAUGGAUUUGGACCUGUCUGUGCUGCUGGAUGGGUCUGAUAACCUGAACACUCAACAGUAUGUAAAUGCGAAGGAGCUCCUGCUAUCUCUGUUGGACAAGAUCGGUGUGAGCAGCGAGCCGAGCAGAGCUGACGGGAAAACCAGAGUGUCCGUCUACCAGCAGAGCUCCAUUUAUGGCUCCUCUUACAUCAACGAGGAGUUCAGCUUCACUCAAUUUAAAGAUCGCAGUAUUAUGAAGAGGCAUAUUACUAAUACAGUGAAGAAAGUGGGCGGGACAUCCCAUCCUGAGCCUGCUUUGGAGUGGCUGAUUACUAACGUUAUCCUGAAAGCAGAAAGACCACGAAGCAAACGAAUGGUCAUGGCUGUUUUUGGUGAAGACUCUGAGCACAGCAAAGCUCAUCUUGAUUAUUUAUCUAGAUUGUGUAAGUGCCAGAAUGUCGUUAUGUUUAUCCUCAUGGCGGGACAGAGAUUCGACUGGACCCGGAUGGAGCAGCUCACCAGCUCUCAUCUGGAGCAGCACCUGGUAUUCCUGGAUAACAGAGAUUACAGCACACGCUUCGCUCACGCUUUCCUGCAUAUGCUCCACAGAGGAAUCUUACCCCAGUCAUCAAUACAGCCUCGUGACUGUCGUAGUUUUGUGUUGAGACCUGUUAAAUCUGGACAGCAAACCACAGAGAGAGAUAUUCUGCACACUGAAGCGCCCACCGAAGAGCUCACUGAAACAGAGGAGCCUCUGGAAGAUUAUGAAGAUGUUUCUGAUGAGCAAAACACAGAACCAAUCACUGAAGCCAGUCAACCUGAUGACACUGAACAAUUUACAGGAGAGCACAAAGAGGAUCAAACCGAGCCCCCGAAGACUAAAGCACGAUGCUUCCUUGAGAAAGAUUCUGGCCGUGUGUGUGGAUCGUAUAUGUCCAGAUGGUACUACAGCCAGCAGACUAAGAAAUGCAUGCACUUCUGGUACAGUGGUUGUGGAGGAAAUGAAAACCGAUUCUUGACAGAGGACGAGUGCUUUAGGGAAUGUGUGUCUACAGAGUCUGAAAAUCUUCCAGAGGAUGAUUCCAGUUUCAAGGACAUUUGCCAGCUCAAACUCGACGCAGGAACUUGCUCAAACUACUCAGUGAAAUGGUACUACGACGUCAGCAGUGGCCAAUGUGUCCAGUUCUGGUACGGAGGCUGUGACGGGAACAGCAACAGGUUCAACACUCAGGAGGACUGUGAGAUUCGCUGUCUCAGGGCCAGAAAAGUAUCUCCAAACAUCUAAACUGUGAUAUCUAAUUAAUUUACACAGAAUUCAUAAUCCAUUUAUGUACUUUUGGCAGUUUCUGCUUUUAUGAUCGUAUUCUCAUCACGAUUGUCAAAGAGCAGACCUAGAAGCAGUUUUAGCUAAAUGUAUUUGUAUAUUUAGCUAAAUGUAAAUGUAUAUUUAUUAGAUUUGAGUUUAGGAAAGAUUUGAUUAUAAGAGCAGAAUUUGUUUAAAGGUGAAGUUUAUAAUGAUGCAUCAUUAGCAGCACCAGAAAGAACUGCAAAAAUAAUGCUUCAUUUUCAAUAAUUUCAACCAUUGCUUGACUGAACGAGUAGGCCUACCUGAAACUCACGCCAUUGGCUGAGACAAUGUUUUUGACAUCUUAAAUGCACAGAUUACAAUUCUGUUUGGUGCCAUUAGUAGUGCAGAAAAAAACAUUCUUCACAUUUAACAUAAAAUGUAAUUUUAGAUGUUUGUUUUACUCACCUUUAUAAAACAUAAUUUUCACUAAAUUCAUUGAGUGAAUUGUCCAUGUUUUUUUUUUUUUUUAAAUGCACACUGUCAUCAGGACGACUGUUAA